UCUCUCUCUCUCUCUCUCAUCUCUCGAAAAGAAGGGGAACAUCACAACAUGGAAACACUAAUGACGACGAAUAGAAGCCCCAUAUAACUCGAUUGCGUUAUGCGCUUUCAUAAUCAUUGCCAUUGCUUAAUACAUACAUUGCGAUUAUGACAUUCGAGGCGUUAUGUUAUUCUUUUUUUUAACUCGACACAACUCAUUACUUGCCCCAGGUUUUCAUUAUACGACGUGUAAAUUCUAUAGUUGAAUUUUGAAUAUUUUGUAUUCUCCAUAUUAGGAGCCUACUGAUGAUUUGAUUGGAUAAAUAAUCAGAAAGAACCGAAUGUAUUUUUAUGAAUAAGAGGAGAUAGGAAAAGAGAGAGAGGAUUGCACAUCUGGAAAUGUUGGUAUUCGUCAUUCGAUAUUUUCAGCAAAUGAAUUGAACAACACAUUUUGUUGUACAACGCUGUCUGGAAAACCCUUCCCUCUGGCAGAAGAGUCGCAGUGUGCUUCAGUUGGACAGACUGGACAGAGCGCAGCCGACACAGCGACGGUGUGAGUGGAGCAGAGAGAGAACCGAGGAUGGGGGGCGGAGGACAGCAGACUGAGUCAAGCGAGUCGGCCAAGGGUGACAGGGUUGGGCCCGGUGGAGGGGGAGGAGGGCGAGGUGGCAGUGCAGUCUACACCUGGGAAGAGGUCCAGAGGCACUGCCACAGAGGCGACCAGUGGUUGGUCAUCGACAGGAAGGUCUAUAAUAUUACCCAGUGGGCGAAGAGACACCCGGGGGGCAUCCGGGUCAUCAGUCACUUUGCCGGAGAAGAUGCCACGGAAGCAUUUUCCGCAUUCCAUCCUGAUCCUCAUUUUGUCAGGAAGUUUCUGAAGCCGUUGCUGAUUGGAGAGCUGGCAACGACAGAGCCCAGCCAGGACCAUGGGAAAAAUGCAGCACUAGUGCAGGACUUCCAGGCCUUGCGCGACCGUGUGGAGAGUGAGGGCCUCCUCCGUGCCCGCCCCCUGUUCUUCAGCCUCUACCUGGGCCACAUCCUGCUACUAGAGGCCCUGGCUUUGGGCCUGCUCUGGGUCUGGGGGACCAGCUGGAGCCUCACACUGCUCUGUUCCCUUAUGCUGGCCACGUCUCAGGCCCAGGCUAGCUGGCUGCAGCAUGACUUCGGCCACCUGUCAGUCUUCAAGAAAUCCAGCUGGAAUCACGUACUGCAGAAGUUUGUCAUUGGACACCUAAAGGGUGCCUCUGCUAACUGGUGGAACCAUCGUCACUUCCAGCACCACGCUAAACCCAACGUGUUUAGUAAAGAUCCUGAUGUCAACUCACUGCAUGUCUUCGUCCUGGGAGACAAACAGCCUGUAGAGUAUGGUGUAAAGAAGUUGAAGUACAUGCCCUACCAUUACCAACACCAGUACUUCUUCCUCAUUGGACCUCCACUACUUAUUCCAGUGUAUUUCCACAUCCAGAUAUUGCGGACCAUGUUUUUACGACAGGACUGGGUGGAUCUGGCGUGGUCGAUGAGUUUCUACCUUCGUUUCUUCUGCUGUUACUAUCCCUUCUUUGGUUUCUUUGGCUCAGUAGCAUUGAUCAGCUUCGUCAGGUUUUUGGAAAGCCACUGGUUUGUGUGGGUGACCCAGAUGAAUCACCUUCCUAUGGAGAUGGAUCACGAGAGACACCAGGACUGGCUCACCAUGCAGUUGAGUGCUACUUGCAACAUUGAACAGUCAACCUUCAACGACUGGUUCAGUGGACACCUCAACUUUCAGAUUGAACACCAUCUGUUUCCUACCAUGCCCCGUCAUAACUACCACCUUGUGGCUCCUCUGGUUCGUGCUCUGUGUGAGAAACAUGGAGUUCCCUAUCAGGUCAAGACUUUGCAGAAAGGCAUCACUGAUGUUUUCAGGUCACUGAAGAAGUCAGGGGAUCUGUGGUUGGAUGCAUAUCUUCAUAAAUAAAUCCCUUCUUGUCUCUGGGCGGGAUUUAAAUCCAUCUCAGAUUAACAACCUGUGAACAGAGAUAGAUUGAAAAAGGGACAUUUCUUAGACGUUUGUGUUGAUAAUGACCGCUGCAAACAGCGUGGAUGUCAGCGCAAGCGUUAAUCACCUUUUUUUUUUAAAGUCAAUCACAGUGCACAGGUCUGCAUGUCAAACUUGAUGUCUGGUGUGAAACCUACCCCCUCCCCCUGCCAUCUUAAUACUGCCUACCAAACAGAGUACUUUAAUGUACAGGUACUCUAUAGUAUACUACUACUACUACUACAUAUACUACUACAUAGUAGAGUAAUAAUGUAUUGUGUUAUUUGAUGAUGUUGUUGUGAUGAUUUAACCUCGUUUGGACCCCAGGAAGAGUAGCUGUUAAUGGGGAUCUUAAUUAAUACAAAUAUUUCUGUAUUAUAUCUGAGUGGCCUGACUGUGUGGUGGUGAUAAUACUGUGUGGUUUACAUUGCUGUGUGGUAUUUCCUACCAUAGUAUAGUGUUAACCGAGUUUUCAAACAUGUCUUAUACACUGUAAAAAAUUUGCAUUGUCAUUAUUUUUUUUUAAAUACCUUUUUUUAAAUGUUAUUAUUUGAGUACAAGACUAUCAUGUCUAUCAACGACAGGACACUCACUGUGCUGUGAAUGUGAGUUGCCUUCACCGAGUUCAGGGUCGUGUUCAGUUGGGAGAAAACGUUUUGAAACAACGAGGUAUAACCCGAAAUUGUCCAAUAGGAAUAUCGAAUUUUCUGUUGUCCAUUGCAAAACGUUUUGCAACAAUAUGCCCUAUUGAAAACGACCUUAGACUAUGUGACUGAGCUAUUUCUCUGUAAAGUGUGGUUGUUAUUUUACAUCUGUACACUAAGGGGAGCUCUAUGGAGAUAGGUUGCUGUGGUUACAACAUUUUGGCAGUAAUCUACCCCCCCCCCCCCCCCUCCUCCAUUAUGCUCACUCUGUCCAUGGACCUGUUUAUGGAAGCAGAAGCUAAUGGACAAGCUAAUGGAUAGGCUAAUGGGUAGGCUAAUGGAUAAGCUAAUGGAUAGGCUAAUGAAGAAGCUAAUGGAGAAGCUAAUGGAUAGGCUAAUGGAGAAGCUAAUGGAUAGGCUAAUGGAGAAGCUAAUGGAUAGGCUAAUGGAUAAUCUAAUGGAUAGGCUAAUGGAUAAGCUAAUGGAUAGGCUAAUGAAGAAGCUAAUGGAUAGGCUAAUGGAGAAGCUAAUGGAGAAGCUAAUGGAUAGGCUAAUGGAGAAGCUAAUGGAGAAGCUAAUGGAUAGGCUAAUGGAGAAGCUAAUGGAAAAGCUAAUGGAAAAGCUAAUGGAGAAGCUAAUGGAGAAGCUAAUGGAUUUCUCUUCUGUAAGAUCAGACCAGAAUAAAACUGUUUGUUUUUUCUUUUUCCCAGACAAAAGAAACAGGUUGAUAGUGAAUUGAUCAUCUACUUUUGCAUUAUUCUUUGGCUACGUCUUAUAUUUAUGACAACGACAAAACAUUGUAGUGAUCGUACAGUACCUGUGGUGGCAGAAUUUGGGGGGAGCUGUUGGAUCUUCAAGGCUUAAUGUUCUGUGUUGGAACUGUUGCUUUUUAUAAAAUAACUGUGGUGUAAACAAUUUAAUUGUAUGAUCACCUCCCAUUAUAUAAAGGGACAUACAGCCAAUUACUCUUCGAGCUCCUCGCCUGACUGCGACCAGGGAGAGACCUACCUUGCAGCUGCUCAUAUGUAUUAAAGAUUCACUAUUAUACAAUUCAA